UUCUGCCACUUGUACACUUUUUUAUGCACUCCUUCUUCCUUUAUUUAAUUCCAUCCCAUUAUUUCUCAUGCAGUCCCUUGUUUUGUUUUGUUUUGCUUUGCUUUGCUCUGCUCUGUUCUGUUCUUCCAUGCACACUAAUUAAACUCACCUGCAGCUGAUUUAAGUUAGUUCUAGUUGAGAGGCUGAACAUCAUCAAACCUCAUGGAUUUUACCAGACUCUGCCUUCUUCUUCUCUUUAUAUCUACUUGUGCAACCCAUUUCUUCCCUCAAUGCGAUGGUAGAAGUGUUCAUAGAAAGUCAAAGAAACUCCAACUGGCGAAAUACUUAGAUGUAAUUGGUCGAAAGGUGAGCCACGUGGAUGGAGCUACGAAUUCCCAGCCUUACGUGAGCUCACCGUUCACUCUACCGCCAUUCGAUUCACUGCCGGACAACGCACCACCUUACUGCUCCUAUCCCCCAAUUACUCCUCAGCCUCCUUCUUCGCCCUUCACCUACAUUUCGUCGCCGCCGCCGCCACCUUUUUAUUAUCUCCCACCUCCGACCCCAACCUACGGCUUUCCUCCGUCUCCCCCCAGUCUCACCCCACCUUACUAUUACGAGCCCAGCCCUCCAAGCUACGUUCCGAGCCCACCCUCUCCGACGGUGUUCGUGCCGAGCCCACCCGUGUUCCAACCACCAGUUAUUUACCCUCCACCGAGCGUACCACCACCUCCCCACUCCGCACCCAAUAUAGCCCUGUGGUGCGUGGCCAAGCCCUCUGUGCCGGACCCAAUCAUCCAAGAGGCCAUGAACUAUGCCUGCGGGACGGUGGCGGAUUGCGAUUCUAUUCUCCCUAGCGGACCCUGCUUUUUGCCCAACACACUCAUAGCCCACGCUUCCUACGCCUUCAAUAGUUAUUGGCAGCGAACCAAGGUGGGUGGUGGCACUUGCGAAUUUGGUGGCACUGCGAUGCUUGUCACCGUCGAUCCUAGUUACGAUGGGUGUCAUUUCAAUUACACGUAGACAUCUACAAUGGAAAAUGGAAUUGUUUAUCCACUUUUGAAGACACGUGAGAAUUGAACGUUGUACAGAAUAGGAUCUAGAACAAAUCACUCAUCAUUUUUCCCCACUUCUUUUUUUAAAAAAAUAAUUUGGUUGGAAUAAAUUAAUAAGUAGAUUAGAUAUAUCAUAUAUGUUUGAUAGUUUCUUUUAAUAAUUUCACUAUUUUCAUUUUGGAACUAUUUUUCUUUAACAAGGUUAAAGAAAGAAAGUUGGUACUUAUAAAACAGGAUAAUUUUGUAAAGUGCAGAUACUCUCGUAUAUUGAUUCUCAUGACAUAAUCCUUUGGAAACAAUUCUUUAUAAAAAAAUAGAUUAUGAGUAUAAGUAGGUAAUUAGUACU